AUGUCUCAACCUGCUCUUAUUUCUCAAGCUUCAAACCCGAUCUCGGGCACUACAGACUUCGGCAAACUGUGGAAGGAUGCCCAAAUGCGGUACAAAGCCGUGGCGGGCCGCGAACUUCCUUCCGCGGACGAUUUCCCAGACAAGUCUCUCGAUCCCGACGAGGUCAUCGAGUACAUCGAGCGACAGGGUCGCGGCUUCAAAACGUUUCGCGCGAAGGGGGAGAAGAUCCGGCGUCCGUUGAUGUCUCUGGUGGGCUUUGUUCUGCCAUUUAUCGACAUAAGUGCCGAAGGAGGAUCUAGUGUUGCGCCCGGCGGUAAAGCAGUGUUCGUUGCAGUCGGAGCAUUACUCAAGGCCACUCGAGGUGUCAGCGAGCUCUACAACGUCAUCGGGACACUCUUAGAGAAGUUCUCCAGUUACCUCGAACGCCUCAAGGUUCACUUGGAGCCAUCGCUGCCGCCGACGCCCCAUCUGAUGAAGAUAUUCGUCGACACUCUCGUCCAGGUCCUCCUGACGCUGGCCAUUGUGACAAAGUACUGCGGUGCUGUACAUGAUAACCCUUUUGUCGCGUUCAUGAGAUUCAUCCUUCGACGCACGAAAGAUUACUUCAAGGUAAUCAUGGAUAAGACAGACGUCAAGGACGCUCUGAGCAAGCUCGAAGAACUCGCCGCUGCGGAGCAUUUAGCAAUUUCCGCCCAGAACAAUGCUGUCACUCGGCAAAUUUAUGGUGAUGCGGUCGUCAAUUUGCUUCGUUCAUGGCUUCGAGCGCCCGAUCCGCAGCCCAUCAACUACGAGAAGAAGAGGCUAACUGGCAGUUACCAGUGGUUUUUCAAUGAACAGUUCGAGGACUGGAGGCAGCAUGAGAACGGCAUGUACUGGAUUCAUGGUAGAGCUGGCACUGGAAAGAGUAUUUUAUGCUCCUCGGUGGUUGAUGCUCUCAAGGACGACCCCUCACUACUCUGUGUCUACUUCUAUUUUGACGUCAAUGACCCCGGAAAGCAGGACUGCCGUGGUCUAGUUUCUUCCCUUGUCUCUCAACUCGGGACCCGGUCCGAUGAUGGUAUUCGAAUCCUUGACGAAGCACGGCGGCGUACGCCCGAGCAUCCCGUCUACGACGAGCUUCUUGACAUGCUCUCAAGACUGCUGUGCUUCUCUGGUCGCACGGCUAUUGUCAUCGAUGCUUUGGACGAAUGCCCUGAACCUGCGCGUGAAUCGGCUCUAUUGGACCUCCUCAAGCACCUGUCGAGGGUGCAAGCCAAAGAAGAGGUCGACGUUCGUGUGCUCGUCGUGAGUCGCCCGGAAGUGGACAUCGUGCAGUGCAUGCCAGAUCUGGCUACACAUACCCUCGAUUUCAAUGAGGCCGCCGAACACUUGCAUGAUAUAGAGGUCUACAUCUCGAAUCAGCUGUAUAAUGCUGAAGCGGCCUCAAAUCUGAAGUGGUGGUCCGAGGACACCAAGGAAAGUGUCAAAGAAGAGCUGAUCAGAGGGUCAAAUGGGAUAUUCCUAUGGGUCAGACUUCAGCUAGAUUAUCUACAACGUUGUUCCCCGCACGAUGUCUCUCAUGAACUCUAUGACCUCCCCUCCAGCCUGGAUGAGACUUACAAGAGAAUCUUGACUGGAUUUGAGAAACUGCCUUCUGCCUCUAUCAAUCGAGUUCGCCGGGUCUUCGAAUGUAUUGCGUUUGCGCGGGAUCCACUAUCCCCCACGCAGAUUGCUGAAAUAUUGGGAGCCAAUUUUGACACUCCCACACAACAGCCCAUCACACUGGUUCUGCCGGAUAAUCUCGAUGUUGGUGAAGUGGACGCUUUCAUACUUCGCCAGUGCCCUGCGCUCAUCGAAGUUGUGACUGAUUAUAAGGGGAAGAAGAUCGUACAGUUCAUUCAUCGUUCAGUCGAACAAUACCUCAAAGCUGAGGUGCCUUCAUCUGAUCCUGUUCGGCCUACGAAUCAGCGGGCCAGUCUUCACAACAUGAAUAGGACCGAAGCCAAUAUCACCUUUGCAAGGCUAUGCCUCUCAGCUCUUGUGACUACCGGCUCGUUGGCCAACUUUCGGAAAUAUGCGGAUGCACGUUGGCAUGAACAUGUAUCAUGUAACCAGGAUGACAAGAUAGGUGAUUUGUUAUUCCUAUUUCUCCACUUUGGAUCCGAAUCGUUUGCUCGGUGGGCCGCUCACGGCUGGCCGAGAGGCGACACAGUGGAUCAAAGUGGCGUGCUGCACUGCGCUGUUUCUCUGUGUUUGUGUCAUCUCACGAGACGAAUACUUGAACAUCCGCUCAGUGCCUCUUAUGCACCUGUUGAUGUGCCUUUGUCUAGAUUGCGCAAUGCGAAAGGCGAAACUCCUCUGCACAUUGUCGCAAAACAGCAUGGACGUGACCAGGUGCCUACCGCGCGCAUUCUUCUCGAGCAUGGUGCCCUCACCCACGACGCUGACAAUGAAGGAAAGCUUCCUUUACACACUGCCACGUCCGAUUACCCGAUUCUGCAAUACGGGCUCAUCAGCCUCUUUCUGGAACACCCUGCAGAUGACCUGCCCGAUGCAAACCUCUCCCAAAAUCGUGUUCACGAUAAUACUGGGAUGACAGCACUACUUUAUGCUGCAAGAGAAGGGGACCCAAUGGUGUCUAAACUCCUGCUCGAACACGGUUCACUCGUCGAUGAUACUGAUAAUAAAGGCAAUACACCUUUGCACCUUGCCGCAAGACGCUAUCAGCCAGAUGGCGGCCUCGUGAAACUGCUGCUGGAACACCCUGCGGCGGACGGUUCUGACCCUCCUAUCACUUCUCGGUGCUAUGCCCGGAACAAUCUAGGCCGGACAGCGCUACACGAGGCUGUAAAGUUAGGAAGAUUGGGCGCGUGUCGCGUGUUACUUGAACAUUGCACAUCCGCUGACGACCUUGACAACGACGGUAAUACCCUUUUGCAUCUUGCUGCGAUGUCUCGUGCAGAAGAAGCUAUACGCUACUUCAUGCUCCACGACACCGCGGGUGAACGCGAUAUAGGCGCUCCCGUCCAGUGUCGCGCUCGUAACAAGCGUGGGGAAACCCCGUUACACAGUUUUGUCUGUAGCGAGUCUUACAGCAGCGACACCGUCGCUGCUCUCAACAUUCUUCUUGAGAAUGGUGCUCCAGUCGAUGCUGUUGACGACAACGGCGAUACCGCGUUGCACUGCGCUGCGACUAUUGCAGACGCUGGACUUGUCCGGGCUCUGCUGGCACACCCCACAUUGGAUGGAUCUAAUACUGCUGGUCUUCAGUGCCACGCCCGCAAUCAGCGCGGGCGGACCGCAUUGCACUCCUGCGCCGCCGCUGCCAGAUACGGAUCCGAUGACGUUUGUCAUAUUCUCCUCGAACACGGAGCGAUGGUUGACGAGACGGAUAACGACGGCAAAACCCCGCUUCAUCUUGCACAAGAGGCCGAACAAAAAGGGUUUGGUUAUACGAGAAGCCUCAUAGAGGUUCUUCGUGAAGCAGAAGAAGAACGACAAGGGGUGGACGAAGCUGCGAACGUUCCAACUUCAUGA